CGGAGCUCCGGGCGGAAGGGCUGGCCGCUGGCGGGGCUGGGCGGGCGGAGGCGGACGGCCGACGGUUCCGAAAAGAGAAGGAGUCCGGCAUGGCCGCAGCCUGCAAAAGGAUCGCCAUCUUCGGCGCCACCGGCAUGACUGGCCUGGCUACCCUGGCGCAAGCCGUCGAGGCUGGCUACCAGGUGACGGUGCUGGUGCGGGACCCGGUCCGGCUGCCCCCGGAGCCCCACCCAGCGCAGGUGGUGGUGGGAGACGUCCUGAACCCGGAGGACGUCGACCGAGCCGUGAAGGGGCAGGAUGCCGUGAUCGUUAUCCUGGGCACCCGCAAUGACCUCAGUCCCACCACCAUGAUGUCUGAAGGAACCCGGAACAUUGUGGCGGCCAUGAAAUCCCACGGCAUCCGCAAAGUGGUGGUUUGUCUCUCAGCCUUCCUGAUGUGGGACCUGGACAAGGUGCCGGCCAAGCUGCGCCCAGUGACAGAGGACCACAUCCGGAUGCAGCAGAUCCUGAAGGAGUCGGGGCUGGACUGCGUCUACGUCAUGCCCCCCCAUAUCGCGGGUGACCAGCCGCUCACAGGCGACUACACCGUGACGGUGGACACGUCCAGCGGCUCCAGAGUCAUCUCCAAGCACGACCUCGGGCAUUUCUUCCUCAAGUGCCUGGCCACCUCCGAGUACGAUGGGAAGAACGUCUACCUCUCCAGGCAUUACCCUAAGGAAUGAGGCCGGCCUCCCUCUCUCUGUCUCUCUCCGAAGUUCAAUGAUGAAGCCUCAUCCCACUGACAAAAGGGAAAUUCUCCAUUGCUGAUGCCGCCCCCUCCAUCCACCCAACCCUCUCUCUGCCUCGUGUGCUAUAAUGAGUGCCUUUCUCCCCUUAACAUGAGCCAUGGAGGGGGGUGAGCUGCCCACCCAGCACCCUCCGUGCCACAAAGGCGCCUUGACUGGUGUUGCUGCUUGCCUGUGUUUUCCUGUGUUAAACAGCGGCUGUGCUUCUUCCCGCUCUCCCCCUGCUGCUGUCCUUGUGCAGUGAUUCUGAGCUGCUGUGUUCUCCCCGCCACAUCCCAAGAGAAGGGAACAAGGCUAGGGGGUCCCUAGGGGUGAACGAGAUGCUGCUUGCUUGGUGCAAGAGGUCUCUUAUUGGGGUCAGGGAUGUGUAAGCUUCAGGAGUGCACAGAACUAUUAGGCAGAACAGCAGCAGUGAGGUUUUUGUAUUGUAAGGCGUUAUUUAGCUGAAAAAGGAUUGAUAGAUGUUUUAAAGGGUAAGAUUACUAGCCAUUGCAGAGUGGUUUGGAAUGGGAGUGGCUAAAUCAUAAAGUAUUUGCAUUAAUGUUAAUGAGUAACCUUGCUCUCUCUCUCUAUGGCUGCGGAACCUCCUUCCCUCUUCCUUGCUGAAGAGUUCUGUGUAACGGGAAAGCUUACGUACUUGUUAACAAAAGUUAGUCAAAUAAAAAGUAUAUUUUGACCUA